AUGGCAUCUUCAGUCGCCACGGCCGCGGCAACUCACUUCGCCUCGCUAUCAGCUCGACCGCCUACACCCCCCCGCGAAACGAACCGCGCUCGCCAGGCAGCCAACGGGUCGGCACCUUCGACCAGAUCUGCGCCCUUCGACCCUCGACUAAGCCUCCAGACACCCCCGAAUGCCGCCUCCGCAUCGUCGGCUAUAACUGAACCCAACACUGGCUCUGGUCGGACGAGGAAAAAGGUUGAGUGGUCUGCCCAUACACAGUACAAGGAACCUGCCCAACCCACAGAAGGAUCCCAGCUGGCCAAGCCUUCACCAACGGCUUCCGCGACACCGUCGUCGGCGUCGAGGCCCAUCAAGGGCAUUCUCAAACCGUCCCCUUCUCCUAGCCCAUUUGCCAAUUCUUUGAACGGAGAGGUCAUUGGAGACGUGCUUCAAGUCAAUAUCAUCGAUAUGCUGGACUCGACAAUCAAGCAGCUUGCCGGCUCCGACCGUGACUCGAAGCUCGAUGCGUACAUGAUGCUUACACGUGCACUCAAAGCAUCCAACAACUUGCCCGAUCGUGUUGCUCUCCAGGACAAAAUGAGCUUGUUUAUGCAGUUCAUUCAGCGCGAUAUCACGGCCAAGAAUGUCAACGACACACCCGAUACUUCGCUCAUCAACCACGCCCUUGGUCUCGUCGCCACCUUCCUACACUUCCCCGCCAUCGCCUCGACACUGACCUCGGAUUUUGGAAUAUUCAUCAUUGACCACGCUGUUCGUAGCUUCGAAGAUGCCUCAACACCGAAAAAGGACGUCAUCCGUCAUAUGAUGCAGGUGGUGGCCUUCCAAAACUUCCCACCGAAGGUCAUGACCUCUGACCGUGUUGGACGUCUGAUUACCUCAUUACACAAGAUUGAAAACCACCUUACUGGGAAGAGCAUCAUAAUGAGCAGAAUACACAUUUACAAGCGUCUCAUCAAACAAGCGCCAAAACACAUGAGUGUAUAUUCUGACUGGCUACAAGACAUGUUUACAGACAUGCUCAGUAAUGUCAAAGACAUUAGAUCACAGGCAAUUAGUCUUGGCAAUGAAGCUGGGUUCAGCUUACGAUCCGAUAAACUGUUGAUGCGAAGAGCGACCGAGAUCCUGCAAGCGAAUAGCGAAGAUGAGGCGUACAUUCAGUUCUACAUCUCAAGACUAGAGGAGAUGAUCAAGGAUAUACAAACAUCAUCCGCUGUCCCACAAAUAUGGAGUGUCGUCAACUUGUUUCUCAAAUGUCCUCUCGAGAAAUGGCAAUACUACGCUCCAUGGUUGACCCUCGUGCAGUCGGCAUUCAACAUGCCGGAUAGCUUGACGAAACAGGAGGCCAACUUUGCCUGGAACAGGUACAUCUACCUGUCUCUUACUGACAGCAAAGUUUCCCCCAAAGUGCUUGGAACGCUUUGCCAGCCACUCUCCAGUCAACUUCGACGAAAAAACCUUCUAAGGCAGCGUGAAGGAGCCACCAAGUUGAAACGCAUUGUUCUAGGUGGAGUUUGCAAUCUCUAUUACUAUGCUCUUGCUCCAGGAAACGACAAAUAUCCCGCCGAUAUUAUAUGGAAUUUCACCAUGCUUCCGAUCAUGAACUUGCUCAUCAGUAUUGAUGACAGUCCUUGGAUUCUAGCUGACAGUGUCAUGCAAGCAUCACAUCUCCUUGUCGGCUUACUGGAUAUUGCGACACCCCGAGUCUGGAGACAUGACCGUAUAAUGGACCUCCCUCCGGCCAAGGCCGAUGAACUACCACCCCUCGACUCGAAAUGGGUACGAAGGAACUGUGAAAAAGUGCUUCGGCCCGUGAGCGCAAUCCUCGAAAAGAAAUUCCUCGACUUGGCUAAUAAAGAGAGCUUGGCAUACCGACUCUGGCAGGUACUUGUUGGCUCAAUUGCCUCAGCCUCUGCUAAGGAUAUUAAGGUGUCAGACGACACUGCCAAGUUCAUUGCCUGCAUUUUCAGCUUCAUUGCAAAGACUUGGUCAACGGGUGUGCGAGGAGCAGACCAGACAACCAAUGGGAAGUUUUUGGGGGCUAUGGAGAAUCUCGUUGCAAUCCUCGUACAAGGAUUGAGUGUACUGCCUUUCAUGGAGAAGAAGCUGUCAAUGACGUCAAACUCAUUCGAAUCCAUGUUGACGCCAUCUCAUCGCAACGAUCAACCUGAUAGUACACAAGGUGUAUCGCGAACUCCGGUUCUACAUCUUUUCCACAUGUUCUCUUCACUCCCUCCCGGCGUCAAGGACGACGAAGCAUUCAGCACAUUUUUCUCUGCGAUAUUCCAGCCCUUCUUCAAAGACCGACCUCGCAAAGCUAGCCUCGAACUCGCCAGAGAACUACUGCAACAGCUUCCUCGAAACUCAGGGACUCCAUCUGCGCCCUGGAUACUUGCCUCGCAGAACCUAACUCCGCUUCUUAGCGGCUCCUCGGAUGUACCGACCUCCAGUAUCUCUAGCAGCGAGCACCUUCUUGGUCCAGUGUACCGUGAACUUGUUUCUCUGCUAGACAGAGGGCUCAUGUCGCAUCCAAACUUGCCAUUCGUUCAAUGGAAGUCGCUUUUUAGUAAACUUUGCGAACACACGAAGUCCCAAACUGGAGACGCUGGCCUUGCUUUGGCCGUUGUUGAACCGCUGGCCAAAGCUCUGACCGACUCUGUACUUCUCAAGACAUGUUCACUUCAGCCGCAACAGCCAGGCAUCGCUUUUCAGGCCGUGUCGGCUCUCUUUGACGUUGCGCAUAUGCCACGAGAUGCCCACGCCGUGGAAGCUGCUCGGCGCAGAAUGUGGGGAACGGCUUUAACGAUAGCCAAGAGCAACUCAGCUGAUCUUUAUGGGCAUCUUUACAAGCUAGGAAACAACUGCCUCGACUGGCUCUACUCAUCAUCUGCCGGGGCCUUGCGAGGUGAGAAUACCAUUCGACUUCUUCAGUCUGUCACUGGAUUCUUGACUCGCUCAGGUGCUGCUCAAGGGCUCAAGCUUCUGAAUAAGCUACAACAAGGCAUCUGCGUUUGGAUUCUGGAUAGAGACUCACUUCUCGGACUCGAGGGAAGUGAAGCCGUCCUCGAAGCUGUGCAAAAUCUUUGGGACCAGGCUUGCGCUAUCAUUACUGGCAACGGCUCGCUGAGCAAGGCUCAAUUCGAUGAUGCCGAGACGCUCUUGAAAACGGCUUUCAUGAGCAAGCAAACAUAUAUUGUCCAGAAGGCCGCAGAUGCAUGGAACAAACUCGUUAAGGACGAGGAUAGCGUGAAUUGUUCGGACAGUCUCAAAUCUGUUGUGUCUUCGUUGCGCCUCAAGCUGGAUAUUACACUCCCGGGCUCAGAAGCUGAGGGUUUCGGCGCCCAAUCCGGCCGCGGUAGAGAUGACAUUAGUUUUGUUGCUCUCUCCUCAAUGUCAUCUCACCAAGACGGACAGCAAGGGCCGAAUAGCACGGCCGGCUCCUCUACACCCUCUCUACGAAGAACCUCUUCAAGGAAGCGUCGUUCUGAGGUUGUGCCCGAACCUACCAAGUCCAAGCGAUCGAGGCUGUCAGCCACGCCAAAACGCCUGCGACACGACGACUCCCAAAUUACUUUUGCCCCCAUUGCGUCUUCAUCCCCUGUCGUAGAAGAAUCGCAGCAUCUUACUGAACGACAAAAACAAGUUCGCGAACGCCAGCGCGAGGAAACCAAUCUCUACCCCGAACUGCAGAACCCGUCUGCCGGCGCGUCAGGGGACGAGAAGAAGACGGGCACACCCCAAGCCAAAACAAAUUCGAAGCAGAAGGGCACACCGCAAAGGGAAGAAAAGUAUGGCAAACAUAUCACAUCUACACCCACCCCGAGACGUGGUCAAGUCAUCCAACUUGAUGAUUUCAACGAUCCCCCAUCAUCCCCCCCACUGCCACGGCCAUGUCCUCUACUAUCAGAGCUCAAGUCUCGAUCGAGGUUGGACAAGUCCAUGGAAACAUGGGAAUUUUCAUCGCCGCCUGGAUCUCCGGCUGCCAACGAAACCGGUAGCGCAGUGUCUGAAACGUACACCAAUGCUUUGUCCGAGCUUCAACAACCAGCUGUUGGCAUGGUGACUAGAAGUCGCCGCCGCGGGAGUGUCAUGCAGGAUGAGCCAAUCAAGGUGAUUCCAUCCAGCAUUGACGUGGAGGACAAAGAUGAAGAAGACGCAAAACGCGAACCCAGAGACCACCGGAAAGCCCGCUCUCGAAGCGAGAAGUCGCGCAGUUCAGAUUCUGCGUCAGCACACCAACUCGCCACGGAAAUAAGCCCCGAAAAACCCAAAUCGAAGCGGGCGCAGCAAGAAGCAGAGCCUAUAGAAGAGCUCGCCUCGGGCGAGGCCACUGGUGUCAGCAAGCCAUCUCGGACACGCAAGUCGUUGCGCGGUAAGGCUGCAGCAACCGAGUCAGCCAGGAACAUGACACUAGAGAUUGCCACUCCUAGCUCACCGCCUGAGGACUUGCGUAUCCUAAUACCUUCUUCGCCUGUUGUGCCGUCUACACCCGCUGACCAGGCGGAGAACGAUCCGACCAGCGAGUCAAAGAAGCGCAAGCGGAAGCGGUCCAAGAACUCCAGCGCCGGCAGUACGCUCACAAAGCGAGCAACUAGGUUCGAGCCUGAUUCUGACCCUGAGUCGGUCGUUCAAGACAGCAACAUGCCGGCUGCUGAGGACGAGUUGGAAGAGCCACAAUCGCUGCCAGAGCUGAAAAACACAGAAGAGAAGGACUCUACAUCAAAGGACAACCGAAAGAGGGCAAAACAGCAGCACGGGCCUGCUGAGAUAUCACCUCUGAAGCGCCGCACUCGCAGCCGAAGCAGAGCCAGAAACAAGCGCAAGAGCAGCGUGCCUAAGCCCUCCAAGGAAGGCGUAGACACGGAUGAGGAAAUCAUGUCGCAACUCGUGACCGAGGCAACCGCUGCUACUGUCAGCCAGCUAAAGACAAAGGACGCCGAGAUACUGAAUGUACCAUCGGAGGCUCCUGAAGCGACUAACAAGCCGGUCCUCAUACAAACAAGCGGGUCUUCCAUAAUGGAUACGCUUCGGAAGGGGCUUGCCCAGCUCCGCACGACGACGCUGUCCCGCGACGAGGUGGAAAAGAUGGAAGAGAUGAUUCUGGACAUUAAGCGCGAGACAUAUGAGGCAGAAUAUCGUGGAAGAAGGAGCGAGUGA